UUGGUGCUCCGAAGGGCUCAGCCUGCAGAAACGGCGGUGUGUGUCGAUGCAGUGUGUGUGGACGCGUGGCCGGUGAACGAUCCGCCACAUCUGCCACGCGGAGGUCGGAAGGCGAAACGAAGAACUUCUCGUAGGAACGCGACAGCUCCCCUGCAGAGGCUGCAGCUGGCCAGUGGAAGGAGGCCAUGCUGUCUGAGAGAGCUGCCGACUUCUGGCCGGAGAUUGACGUUGGCUCGGAGGAGGAGGUUGUGACUGCUGUCAUGGAGAAGGAGAUGCUGGACAGUGGAAUCUGCAAUGGAGGGGGAGCCUCAGUCUGCAUCGACGACAGUCUGACCAGCCUGCAGUGGCUGCAAGAGUUCUCCAUUGGUGGGGGCCAACAGCAGGGGUUGCCACUGAGUUCGUGGAGACACCACCACCACCACCACCACCACCAUCAGGGGUCCCAGCAGUUUCUGAAUCCAGAAGCCCCCACAUCCCCACUGGCAGGCGAGCCCGCCUCUGUUGGCACAUUUCACACCCCAGGCAUACCCACGGCAGCGGCCUACUCCAGGGUCCCCUCCUCGUGCAGCCCCUCGUGCACGGCCGGCUGUGGAGACAGUCCCGGUCAGUCUGACUGUAAGCCCAACCCGUAUGUGAAGCCCCCCUACUCUUACGCAACCCUCAUCUGCAUGGCAAUGAAAUCCAGCAACAAGGCCAAGGUUUCCCUCUCUUACAUCUACAAGUGGAUAAAAGACAACUUCUGUUACUUCCGCUAUGCUGAUUCGUCCUGGCAGAACUCAGUCCGACACAAUUUGUCCCUCAACAAGUGCUUCAUCAAGGUGCCGCGGCAAAAACACGAGCCGGGAAAGGGGGGUUAUUGGACAAUGGACCUCCAAUAUGCUGAGCGCCUGUUGAGCGGGGCCAUUCGGAGGCAUCGCCCCUUGCCGGUACGGGUCAACUCCGCAUUGCAGCCGCCUGCGAACAAAACUUCCCAGCAGCUCCUGCAGGAGUUUGAAGGGGUGAUGGGAGCAAGCUUGAAGCCAAACACACAACCUGCAAGUGGAAAACUGUCCAGCAUGUACAAGGACAUCGUUCCUGCAGCCUGCAAAGAACUUACAACCCAAGUCCCACAAUGCUCCAUCUCCCCCCUGUUGUCCACAAGCGAGCCGACGGAGCUGGGCUCACUCAGAGGGGUCUUCGACUGGGAUGACGGCCUCCUGAGGUCGACGCUGGAUGGGGACCUGGGUCUGGACAUGGUUGGCCCACAGAGCUCCAUUGGUAGGGAGGAGGAGGAGGUGGCAUCUGCCAGUUUUACCCAGAGCUCCAUCUUUCUAGAUCUUUCGCAGGGCAGCCUGGACUUGGAGGAGGAGAUGCCUCCAGCCACCACGUUCCUACAUCGCCUCUGGUCAGAGAGAGACGAUGAGGGAGAAGGAGUAACUGACCUCCUUGGAGGUCCUGCAGUCAGCCCCGACCAGCUGUUUGACUUUGGAAACUUUGGUAAUAAGAAUGACACUCUGGUGUAAAGUAGGCCUGGCCUUCCCAGAAUUCCAUUGUGGGGAAACUGUUCUGAGAGGAGACAGAAGAUGGAUGAACCAGGAACUCGAUGCCAUUUCAGUGUUUUUUUUUCAUUCGAGCUUUCAGUUGAGAAUUUCUCUGAUGUAUCCCACACAUGCAUCUUUUUGGAAUUAGUGGACCAGCUCACUUUGCAGUCUUUGAUGGAGAAAGCCCCAGCAAUCGUACAGACACGCAGCUCCAAAUAGCAGUGAGAUUCAUGGAGAUUCAUAUGACAAAACCACAGUAUAAAUUUUGCUAAAUGCUAUGAAAAGAUAUUUGAUAUGAAAUAUUUCCUUCAGCACUGAUACUUAUUAUUGGUAUUACUUUUGUCUGACUGGACAACAGUUAAUAUGUUCAGAGCAAUAUAGGUCCUACAGUUUGUGAUGCACCACUGAUGAAAUUGUCAUAGUUUUCUAUAUUUGUAUGAUGUUUAUUCGUAACAUUACACUCUACCACUUUUAAGCACUGAGUGUAAUUCACAAGCAGUGGGAUUUUCUGAUGAACUGUCUGAAUGCCAUUGAGAAUCACAUUUAGCUGGACCUGUUGUGGGGUCUUAACUGAAAGCUGGACAUUGAAACCUCUCUACUGAAAUGAGUAAACAUCCUUUUUGCUUUUACGUAUGUCUUUAACGUCUGUAUCAGUUAACCACUACCUAUAUGCAUUAUAAAGUGGGCAAUAAUAGAUCACCUACCUGAAAAAAUGUUUAGCCAAUUCAGCUCUAGAAUCAGCAAGCUUCUUUUAGAUGCAGAGAUCAAGCCCUAAAAAUGUGUUGUCCUGGUGUUCUUUCCUGUAUGAAGCUGUAGUUAGAGCAAUGAUUUUAUAAUAUUAAAAAAAAAAGGUUUUUUUAAAAAAAAAAAAAAACUUUGCCAAAAACCACCGGUACUUCAAGAAUGAGAAGAGUGAGACUGGAAUGAGAUGGAAGAAUGAGACUCUGAAUGGAGCCCACAUGACUAUAGUGCAGCUUUUCGCUAGAUUAGUGCUCGGAGUAAAGUUCCGGAGGAGGCCAUUGGAACAGAAAAUUAAAAUGACCUCUGAAAAUGACAGUAUCCUUAAUUGACACUGACCAUGGGCAGUUACGGAUUCCAGAUUUCUGAUAUUCCCGGAAGAAGAGCGUCCACCUCGGAGUAUGCUGAGAACUCCCGAAUGGGUAGAUUUUGCAUCCCCUCUCCUAGCACGGAAACACCCAGCAUUACCAAUACCUUGUUUUCAUUUUUACUUGUCUGUUUUCAAUUUGUUUGCAAAUUUGUCAACUUGUUUUCUUGUUUGUCUUUUCUUUUUUAUAACAUUGCUUGAAAGGACUGGAAAAAGCAAAUUGUUCUUGUUUUAACUUUAAAACUGAUAAUAAAUGAUCAUUAAUA